AUGCGGCACAAGGGAGAGGUGGCGGCGUCGGACGGGAGCGGCUCCUCCAUCUGCUCCUCGCUGCCGCCGGCUCCUGAGCGAGCCUCCCCGGCCGGCGGCGGGGCCGGGCCCGGCAUGGAGUUCCCCGGGGAGCUGGCUGAGAUGCCCAGACAGUUCCCAAAGCUGAACAUAUCUGAAGUUGAUGAGCAAGUGCGACUUCUAGCAGAGAAGGUAUUUGCUAAAGUUCUCCGAGAAGAAGACAGCAAGGAUGCCUUGUCACUAUUCACUGUGCCUGAAGACUGCCCUAUUGGGCAGAAAGAGGCCAAGGAAAGGGAACUUCAGAAGGAACUGGCAGAACAACAGUCUGUGGAAACAGCAAAAAGGUUUGUUCAGUAG